GAAAUAUGAUAUUGUAAGCAUUAACUAUAAGAAAAUCACAGUAACAGCAUUGACGAAAAUGAGUUUCUGGAAAGAGGCCCUUGCAAUGAAUCUAUCUAAGGGAAUUACAACUGUAAUGAGUCCUAGUAGGCGUUGCAAGUCCUCAUUCCAAACAUUGGCCGCAGGAGUUCAAUACAAUGGCCAGGGGAUUACAGUUGUAAUGAGUCCUAGUAGACGUUGCAAAGCA